CAAGAGAACCACCGUAAUUCUGCUGUCGGUCUCAUCAUGAUGUAAUCAAUUACAGAUUAGGCGAAAGCACAACAACGAUUCAACGUUUCGGAGCUCGUCACAAGUGCUCAGCAAUCUGUAUGUGACAUGCAGCCAAGAUCCCAGUUGCUUGCCUUAGCGUUGCUUCGGCCCAUAUCUAUUGAGAACCUCACCAGAAUAGCUUCUUCUAAUAAUUACCUGACAGUGGACUUGUAAGACAUACCCAAGGAGGCACCUCCACCUAUCAAGCAUGGCUCAACACGAAGCAUCGAGUCCCCAACUCCACCCCGGCGAUCAGCACGAGAUCCCCAGCGUUGAGGCCCACGGAUCCUUCGACUCGCUGAAGGACAGGAUCAAGACGCAUUACGAAAUCGCGUCGGACUACUACUACUCGCUAUGGGGCCAACAUAUCCACCACGGCCUCUUCAAGUCCGCCCACGAGACUAAGGAGCAAGCCCAGGUCAAUCUUAUUAACUAUCUGCUUGAGAUCUCGGCUCUGCCCGCUAGCGCCAAGGUCCUGGAUGUCGGCUGCGGCGUCGGCGGCACGAGCCGGUUUCUCGCGCGCGAGCGUGGGUGCACGGUUACCGGCAUUACGAUCAGCGGGCGGCAGGUCGAGAUCGCGAGACAGGUGACUGCGACGGAGACGGGCGGCUCCGCGCCUUCUCCGGGAAGCUUUGCGAGGUACGCCGAUGAGGCGGGGAGGGGAGGAGGAAGGGUCCGCUUCCUCGAGCUCGACGCCGAGAAGAUGCUGGAUCACUUCCGUCCGGCAGCCGGUGAUGAAACGGAGACAUUCGACUGCGUCUGGAUAUCGGAGGCGCUGUCGCAUCUGCCGAAUAAGGAGCUUUUCUUUUCGUCAUCGUUUUCCCUGGUGAAGAGUGGGGGAUUACUCGUUAUUGCCGAUUGGUUCAAGGCGCCGGUUCUAUCGCCCGAGCAGGAGAGUGCUGAUAUCAAGCCCAUCGAAGACGGCAUGCUACUCCCCCGGCUCUAUACCGCGGACGAGUAUGUUGCCCUAGCGGCGCAGGCAGGGUUCCGAGCUCGCAAGGAGCCGGUUGAUAUAAGUAAGGACGUGGCUAAGACAUGGGAUAUUUCAUGGUCUCUUGUUUCCUCACCUUCACUCUGGGCCUUCGCCAUAUCUCAAGGUAGAGACGGCCUUGCGUUCUUGCAGGCAUUUAGGGCGAUGAGGAGAGGUUACGCAAACGAGACGUUUAGGUACGCGGUCAUGUGCUUUGAGAAGCCUUGAGUGUGGAAUUUGUGAUGAUAGAGGGGGCGGAGUUGGAUACCUAAUCUAUAUAUGUUGGUUGUGAGAUUGAUAGAGUGUCCGCACGUAGCUAUCAUCCCCUAACCAAUAUAUAAAGAUCAGCUAUAAAGACAUGCGGUAAGGUAGCGUGAUUUCUACUACUUAAGUCGCUCACCUAAUUACGUAUCUUGUCGAACGACGAGAAGCCUCGUGUCUAGAAUAGGUAUAUUCGCUAAUACAGAGCCUUGACCCUUAGGUAAUCCGAAUCAAGUGUCUAGAUAGGUGCCUAGGCAAACAAAUAGGAAGCCUCGUUAAUCCUACAUCGUCUCUUGGCUAUUUAGUUAAGUAGGAUACACCUCCUUUGAUAUAGAUGUCACAUACCUAGGUUAGCAGGAUAUAUGUAUAAGAGGGGUAAUUUAAGUGGCCGAGGAACUUUAACUAGUAGAUUAUAUAUCAACUGGCAUUCUAUUUGACUUA